AUGGUGAACCCCUACUUGGUGGGUGCCCCGGCUGCUGGCGCCGGCGCGCUCUUAGUCGUCAAAUCCAUAUUCAAAAACAAAGAGAACAACAACAACAACAAGAAAGGAGAGAAAGAGCAGAGAAGAGGCACGGUGACCGACGACGAGGCCUCGUUCGCGUGCGAACGCGUGUGCGCGUCGGAUCGACUGUUGAAACGAAUGGGGGGGUUAGCAAAGGAACCGACGUCGAACGCGUGCGUGACGGUGUGCGGAAUGUCCGCGACAGAUUCGUGCGCCGAGGCGUGCGAAAGGGUGAUUUGUGCGAAUCCGCACUCCGUGCCGGCGUGGAACGAUCAGUGUUCGAAUAGGUGUAAAUCGGAAUGUUUGAGAGGUCGGGCGGCGUAG